AUGUAUACUAGACAUUGUAUAGCUCAAGAGCUAGAUGAAUCAGCUGUUUCUAUAGGGAAGAAUGUGAAUACUGAACUUUCAUUAUAUUUAUGUAAUAUUUGUUCUAAAGUAUUUAAGACUGUCUCUCACAUCAGACAUCAUUGUUUAAUUCAUACAGAUAUCAAGCCAUUUAAAUGUCUACAUUGUGAUUAUAAGUCUAAUUCUAAAGGUAAUUUAUAUACACAUAUGAGAAUACAUACAGGUCAGAUGUACCACUGUCAGAAAUGUUCAUUUAAUUCAGUUAAUAAGAGUCAUCUAAUAGAACAUGAAGCCACCCAUAGUAAUACCAGACAUCUCUGUAAUUUAUGUAAAAAAGAUUAUAAUACUCAGGUUCAAAAUGAACUAAAUGAAGAGAAGAAUUCUAACAGUAUAGAUCAUAUUGUAAAUAAAUUAGGCUAUAGAACUAUGACUAUGAAUAUCUUUCAUAAAAUGAGGGAAACAUUUGGUAGCGAGGAGUGUGAAUAUUGUGGAAGAUUAUUUUACAAUAAACCAGAUUUCGAAGCUCAUUUAAGGAUUCAUACAGGAGAGAGACCAUUUCAAUGUGACUACUGUUCCUAUAGAGCAUUAAAUAGCAAUGUAUUAAAGAAACAUGUAGAAAAAGAACAUGAGAAGAUUUUGUAUGAAUGCAGUGAUUGUGACUUUACUACAUUUAAACGGGGUACUUUAUGGAAUCAUCGUAUUAAACAUCUAACCAUAGUUGGUUUAGAAUGUCCUAAGUGUUCUGCUAAACUUGACAGUAUGAAAAGAUUAAGAGCUCAUUUAUUAGAAAGUCAUCCUGGUAUAGAAAUGGAGGAACUAGAAAAAUUAACUGGUUAUAGACAUAGAUUACAUGGUAAAAUGGGCAGAAGAUCAUAUAAAUGUCCAUAUUGUGAUAAAAUAUUUACUAGAGCUAAUUCUGAGUUACAGAAACAUAUUUGGAUGCAUGAAGGAAUCAAACCAUUUAAAUGUUCACUGUGUACUUAUUCCUGUCGUAGUAAAAAUAAUCUUCAGGCUCAUAUGUUACGUCAUUCCGCUGAGAAACCAUUCUGUUGUGAGGAAUGUGGUAAAGCAUAUAAAUCUAGAACGGCUUUACGUUGGCAUGUUAGAUCACAUAAAGAUGGCAAAAUGUUUAAAUGUUCAAAAUGUAAUUAUGAAGCAGCCCAAAGAAGUCAUUUAACCAGACACAUGGAAACACAUAAUGUUGUAAAAAGAUUUGCUUGUCAAGCUUGUGACUAUUCAGCUAAUACUCUACAGUUUAUGAAAAUACAUUAUGCCAGGAAUCAUAAAGGUGAAAAAUUUGAUGUUGAUGUAGCAUCAGAAACUACUCGUCCUGAACAGAGUUCUGAAGCAAAGGUGUUUAAAUGUUUAAGCUGUGAUUAUUUAUUUGGUAAUAUGUAUGAAUUAAAACGACAUUUAAGAUUAAGACAUAAUGUGCCGUCUCAAGAUAUAGCUAAUUUAGAAGCAAUGGAGAUGUCAGAAGUACAGGUAGUACAGUAUGUAGAUGAAAACCCAGUACAACAAGAGGUAGUUGAUUCUUCACAAAGUACGGUUACAGAUUUGCAACAACAAACAGUUGAGGAAGAUGAGAAGACUGUAUCAGCAGUUAGUUUACUACAACAGAUUAUGAAUAUGUCUUAUCCAGGUGCAUAUAAUCAACAGCAACAACAAGUAACAUUAGUUAAUGAAGAUGGACAAAUGGUAGCAGUAAACCCUGAUACUAUAAUAGUACAGGAGAAUGGUGAAGAGGUAUUAGUUACCGAUAGUAAUAGCCAAUUUGAUGGUAAUCAAUAUGUCAUACAGUAUGUAUCUCAACAAGAUACACCAUUAGAUACAACUAUACCUCAAGAAAUCAUCACCUCCGAAGAGAUAUAAUAACAUAGUAUCAAUAACCAGUAAUGUUUAUUUGUAUUUUGUUUAUAACUUCAGCAACAUUUCAGCAUAAAAUUGACACAUCAACUUUCUUUUCUAUUUUACAAGACCAAUCUUAAAAUUAAUCCUUUGUAAUUUGAUAAUAAUAAUUUAUUAAAUUAUGGUUUCAUUAAAAUAUCGCCAUUUUUCCAUGACUUGUUGAGCUAAUAUACAUGUAGUAUGUCUCUAUAAUGACCUGAGACAAUAAUGAUAUAACAAUCUUCUCUACAUACGAAAAUAAAUUUAAGGCACAGCUUCACUUUCAGUUUAAAAUACUUUAUCUGCAUGAUGAACAUUUCACGUUCUCCAAUACAAGAUGUACUAACAGAUAGCAUGGAACAAUUUUCUCCAUUCACACCUGAAAUGGUUUUGUUCCAUCUGCAUUCACAGUUGCUACAAAUAACUGACAUGACAGAGGUUUAACUCAGUAAACCAAAGUUAACUGUAUGCAAGUAACGCACUGCUUCAUUUAAUUUUUAAAUUGACAUUUAUACGUGUAUAUUCUCCUUAUAGUAUAACUUGGUACUUUUUACAGGUGAUGACAAGGAUAAUAUGGUGGCACUGUCUGUAUGCAAUAGAACAAUCUCCUGCUAGAAUGAAGGAUGAUCUAGAAAUACAAUUUUAUUCAACUUCCAUUUGGCCAAUGUAAGCCUUGUUUGCGU